AUGAAUCCCGCGUUCGAUGAUUUAAAUAUUGAUUUAAUUCGUGGGGAGGGAAUGAACCGUUUAGAAUUCGGUGCAAUUGAAGCCGGCAGGAAAUGGGAAGAAACGAAUGUAAUCGGAAUACUCCACGGUGCAAACAGGUUACAAGUUUUAACUGUAGAUCAUCCUAAAGGAUACAUUACUCGAAUUAACCGUAAUAAUGUUCAAGAAGUCGCUGGCAGAUUGAGCAACGCCAAACCACUUGCUUUUGUACUAAAAGAGGUUUUAUAUGUACGACAUAUUGAAAUUGAAUUUUACUCAAGCAAUUGUGUAUUAUUUGUCGAAUUCAGUCCAACGAGGUUGGAAGUUGGGCUUCGAUACCUAAGGACUUAUUUAUGGCAAAGGUUUGGUUCAGAUGUAACGUCCUCACCAUUCCAAAUAUUAUUGAAAGCAACAUUAUCAACUUCAACCAAAAAUGGUAUAGAUAGCAAAAAUAAAAAUAGCAUUAUAAAACCAACAAAUCUUUUUUCACCUCCACCAUCAAAAUUGUUAUUGACAAAAAAAUGUGCAAAAAGAACUUUUGAUGAUGAUGAAACUUGUAAUAAAGGAACAUGCAGCUGUUCUGAAGAAAAAGAAAUAGGAAAAGAUAAUGCAGACAAAAGCUACAACAAUAACGACGAUGACAUCAUUGCUAAUAAUAGUUGUUCCAAUUAUAGCUAUAGUUCUACUGAAGAUGGUUGUGACGAUGAUGAUAAUUUUGUAGAUGAAGAUGGAUAUAUAGAAGAUGUCGAGGAUGACGAUGAAGAAGAGGAUGAUGACGAUGAAGAGGAUGAUGAUGAAGAGGAUGAUGAAGAGGAUGAAAAUGAUGAUGAUGAAGAGGAUGAAGAUGAAUAUGAUACUUUUAUAGAUCAAUCAAGAAGAAUAGACUCAACAGAUUCAGAGGAGGAGGAAAUCUUACCAAUAAUAACUAAACGUGAAAAUGCAAAACAUACCAACGAGAGAUGA